CGGAAACGACUGGUUCCUACAAAAUAGUAAUGAUAUUAAACUAACCAUGAAGAAAAAUAUUAUCAAUACACAGCAUUCUUUCAUAAACAUUCCCAAUGUGAUUGUCCCAGAUAUGGAAAAGAAAAUAAGAAGGAUGGAAAAUGGAGCAUGCAGCUCCUUUUCUGACGAUGAAGACAGUGCCUCUAUAUUUGAAGACUCCGAGAGUGAAAACCCCUGUGCAAGGGAUUCCUUCAGAAAUAGUUCACGCAGGAAGGAAGGACCAUCACAGAGGGAACAGUACCUGCCUGGUGUCAUCGCACUUUUCAAUGUUAACAACAGCAGCAAUAAGGAGCAAGAGCCAAAAGAAAAAAAGAAAAAGAAAAAAGAAAAGAAGAGCAAGCCAGAUGAUAAAAAUGAAAAUAAAAAGGACCCAGAGAAGAAAAAGAAAAAAGAAAAAGACAAAGAGAAGAAAAAGAAAGACAAAAAUAAGAAAGAAGAGGAGAAGAAAGAAGUCAUGGUUAUUGAUCCCUCGGGAAACACAUACUACAAUUGGCUGUUUUGCAUCACCUUACCCGUCAUGUACAACUGGACUCUGAUUAUUGCAAGAGCAUGUUUUGAUGAGCUCCAGUCUGAUUACCUAGUGUAUUGGCUCGUUUUUGAUUACUUGUCAGAUGUAGUCUAUCUUCUCGAUAUGUUUGUACGAACCAGGACAGGUUACCUAGAGCAAGGACUGCUGGUGAAGGAAGAGCUUAAACUCAUAGAGAAAUAUAAAUCAAACUUACAAUUUAAACUUGAUGUUCUAUCAGUGGUACCAACUGAUCUGCUAUAUUUUAAGCUGGGGUGGAACUAUCCAGAAAUUAGAUUAAACAGACUCUUAAGAAUCUCUCGAAUGUUUGAGUUCUUCCAAAGAACAGAAACAAGAACUAACUACCCAAACAUCUUCAGGAUUUCUAACCUUGUUAUGUACAUCGUCAUCAUUAUCCACUGGAACGCGUGUGUGUACUACUCUAUUUCCAAAGCUAUUGGAUUUGGAAAUGAUACAUGGGUCUAUCCUGAUGUCAAUGAUCCUGAAUUUGGCCGUUUGGCUAGAAAGUAUGUAUAUAGCCUUUACUGGUCUACACUGACUUUGACCACCAUUGGUGAAACACCACCUCCUGUGAGGGAUUCUGAGUAUGUCUUCGUGGUGGUUGACUUCUUAAUUGGAGUAUUAAUUUUUGCUACCAUUGUUGGUAACAUAGGUUCUAUGAUUUCCAACAUGAAUGCAGCCAGAGCAGAAUUUCAAGCAAGAAUUGAUGCCAUCAAGCAGUAUAUGCAUUUUCGAAAUGUAAGCAAAGAUAUGGAAAAGAGAGUUAUUAAAUGGUUCGACUAUCUGUGGACCAACAAAAAAACAGUGGAUGAGAGAGAAGUUUUGAAGUAUCUACCGGAUAAACUCAGAGCAGAGAUUGCCAUCAGUGUCCACUUAGACACAUUAAAAAAGGUGCGCAUUUUUGCCGACUGUGAGGCUGGUCUGUUGGUGGAGUUGGUCUUGAAAUUACAACCCCAAGUCUACAGCCCUGGAGAUUACAUUUGCAAGAAAGGCGAUAUCGGACGAGAGAUGUACAUCAUCAAGGAAGGCAAGCUCGCUGUGGUGGCAGAUGAUGGAAUCACUCAGUUUGUGGUAUUGAGUGACGGCAGCUACUUUGGUGAGAUCAGCAUCCUUAACAUUAAAGGCAGCAAAGCUGGCAACCGAAGAACGGCCAAUAUUAAAAGCAUUGGCUACUCAGAUCUGUUCUGCCUCUCAAAAGAUGACCUCAUGGAAGCUCUAACUGAGUACCCAGAUGCUAAAGGUAUGCUAGAAGAGAAGGGGAAGCAAAUCUUGAUGAAAGAUGGUCUGCUGGAUGUAAAUAUCGCGAAUGCUGGACACGACCCCAAAGAUCUUGAAGAGAAGGUCACCCGAAUGGAAGGGUCAGUAGACCUUCUGCAAACAAGGUUUGCUCGGAUCCUGGCUGAGUAUGAGUCCAUGCAGCAGAAACUGAAGCAGAGACUAACCAAGGUGGAGAAAUUUCUGAAACCACUUAUUGAAACAGAGUUUUCAGCUAUUGAAGGAUCUGGAGUUGAAAGUGGGCCCACAGACUCCACACAGGACUGA